AUGGCACCUCGACGGUCGCACAAAAAGUCGCGGAAUGGUUGCGAUCAGUGCAAAGAGCGGAGAGUCAAGUGCGACGAGAAACAUCCAGUAUGCUCCAAUUGCACUGCUCGAGAGCUCAUUUGCACCUACUUGAGGAUCCCCCAAGCUUCGGUGCCGAGUCGCACUGCUCAUGCAGUGACCGAUCACUCCCCAGACCCACUGCCACCCCCUGGACGAGCACAGUCAAGGAGCUAUGGUGAGCAACCUAUCAGCCCUGUGGAUCUAACAGAGCCAAGGUUUGGCGUCCGGGAUCUCGAACUGAUGCACAGGUACUCCAUCGAGACCUACCGUUCUUUAUGUGGAGACCAGUCCGACACGCACGACUGGCAGGUCCUCGUCCCGCAACAAGCAUCCAGUCAUACUUUCCUGCUUCAUGGAAUUCUUGCAUUAGCAGCAUUGCACACCGCAGCCACUGCCAUUGAGCCCAAUCGCGUGCUGUCUUAUCUUGACACCGCGCUUCAAUACCAUAACAUGUCUUUCACUCCUUUUCGACAAGCACUGGAGACUCUCACUCCCCUUAACUGCGAUGCAGUCGUCGCCCACUCCGCAAUAAUAACCAUUAUCGGCAUCGCCUUACCACGCCUCAACGCACAGUACAGAGGCGAAUGCUCCAGCAUGGUCGAAAAUAUAGUCACUAUGUUCGAGCUACUCCAAGGUUCGACCAAGAUCUCCCGUCUCAGUCGACCAUGGCUAAAGGCCAGUAUGCUCUCAAACCACGAUUUCUGGCAGAUGGAGUCUGGGGAGUUAGGAUCCGGGGAAGCCGAGGCUAUCGCGCAUCUAAAACAUUUGAAUGACCGCAUCGGCAAUGCGGAUGAUGGGAAUUGUCGCGCUAACGGUGAGGCGGUCGAUUUGUUACGGUCUUGUUUUGCGAAGUUUGCUCGUUCGCCUCAUCCUGUUGCUAUUCUUGCCUGGUUGCUCUAUGUAAACAAAGAGUUUAUUGAUGGGUUGCGAGUACGCCGGCCAGUUCCGUUGCUUGUCUUAAUGCAUUGGGGCGUUCUGUUGAAUGAGCUCGGGAGUCAUUUUUGGUGGGCGGAGGGUUGCGGUAAAGACUUAGUGGCUGAGUUGUUGGCUGAGAUUAAGAGUGAAAAUCCUGUGUGGGAGCGGGCUUUGGAAUGGCCACGACAGGCGAUAGGGCUAUGAAGAUUAAAUAUUUUGUUAUCCAAAUGGUAGGAUGAAUACCAACUUGGU